AUGUCGAACGAAGCCAAGCAUGAAGAAAAUUCGCUUAUCAUGCAAGGGGGUAAACAAACCAUCACUGUCCGAUGGAGGAGCUUACCCUGGCACUGGUCUCCUUACUGGGUGGGGGCUUACCUUGUAAGCGAUGAUAUCACGCGCACAUCUCCCAUAAAGUUUCAAUUUGUUGUCAACAGCGUCCGAGGAGAGCACAAAUUCGACAUGUUGAACAUGCGAGAGGACAUUGUCUUCUACUUGUUCAAGGCGAUAGGCGACAAGGCGCAGUUGGUUGGGAAGAGCAAUGUCGUGUCUCUAGAAAGGAAGAAUCAGCCUACACAAGCACAUCUUGCCUACACGUCGAACCCUGGAGAGCUGCUGCUUUCUUGGACAACAGGUCGUAAUUUCACGAAUCAGAUGGUACAGUUUGGCCCAAGCACAAGCAACAUCACGGCUAUCAGCAUGGCAUCUUCUGCUCUCUUGUACUCCUCUGAGGAGAUGUGCGGAGGAUGGGCAAGCGGCGUUGGGUUUCGUGAUCCUGGCAUUAGACAUCGAGCGAUGAUGAAAGCUACUCAAGGGAGCAAAGACCUCUGCUAUAGAUACGGGAGCGACGUCGGAGACAUCUCGUACGCGAAGGGGUUUGAGUCAGAGUGGGAAAACUUCAUGGAUCAGGUUUGGAAGAUUGAGGAAAUCGCCACUCAAGUCCCGUACAUGACUGCUAUUGGUAACCACGAAAGAGAUUGGCCCAACAGCGGUGAGAAAGAGAAGCGUCAUGGGAAGAGCAGAAGCGUGAGAGGAAGUUUCGACUCAGGAGGAGAAUGUGGAGUUGCUUACAACAGGAGAUUUGUCAUGCCGGCCCCUUCACCAACCCUUCCAUCAUUCUCAGCCUUCUCCUCCUCGGCCUCUUCCGACUCGCCCUGGUACAGCUUCUCGCAUCCUCUUCUGCAUGUUGCCGUGAUCUCCACCGAGCAUUCGCUAGAGCAGCAGAAAAAGUGGCUUGAAGAGGAUCUGCGGCUGGUCGAUCGCUCAGUGACGCCAUGGGUGAUGGUUGUUGGCCAUCGGCCGAUGUACUUCACCGGUAUCUUGCCAGGAGCGGCGGAUGAUCAGCAGGUGGCGCAAGAGCUGAGGGAAGCGUUCGAACCUUUGCUCAUGCUGUACAAGGUUGACGUUGUUCUUGCUGGUCAUCACCACAGCUAUCAGCGCACUUGCCCCAUUUACCAUGGAGAAUGUCAGAAAACGGGAGACGGGGGAUACGCGGCUCCUGUCUAUCUAGUGACCGGCAACGGGGGCUACUUGAACUCGCCGAUCGUGAUGCCGAAGCCCAAGGAGUUCGAGUAUGCAGACUCGCUACACCAUGGCUACCUGAGAGUUUCUGUAGACGAGAAGUUUCUCGAAGUUCAAUAUCUGCGAACUUCCAGGCACGGCCAAGCGAAAACCCACGACAAGAUAAGGUUGGCGGCACACAAUUGAAUGGCGGGUAGAGAGAGGAAGGCAACGGGCGUGAGAGAUUGAAUGCAUGAAGUUGCUUACAAUCU